GCGUUCUGGCGGCCUCUGCACCUGGUCGCCUCAGGAACAGCCAAGACAAGCGGCAUGGUGACGACUCAAAUGUCACGUUGUGUCUCGCCGAGCAAUGCAAGCAAGGGUCUGGCAGGGACGGAAGCAGCGAAAAGACACGGUGAAUCGGCCACAAGGCAGGAAAGCAAGCACGACCAACCAUUGGAGUAUGUGUGAUUUAGCCUGGACACCUGAGUCGAAGCCUGAGCUAGGAGCUCACUGUCGCUGCUGGACGUGUCGAACGUCCUUCGAAUCGGUCAUGCUGAACGCGUUAUCGGUGUGUCGUUCACUGACUCGAUGGUCAAUUUCGUGUCCGCAUGCUGGCUAGGAGGAAAAAAGGGGAAUUUCCGAUCGUUGUCUUCUCACAGAGCAACGCGUUCGAAGCGCACUCCUGUCCAUGCCUUGCCUCAGAUCUUGCCGUACUUGGCAUCUGUCUCGCUUUCGCAAACCCCCCUUCGUACUACGCCGAUAGGCUCCAUUUAAUGAAGGCAGCAGUCUUAUCCUACGCAGGUCUGAUCGCCAACGCUGCGGCACCAAAACCCGCCGCCACUGAGUCGAUGUACUGCUGCGGCAUGAACGCACACAAGGUGACGUGCUCAGGGGCUCUGCAAGUCGACGAUCUCGUGGCCUAUCCCUUCAAAAUGACCGCGAGCAGUCCAGACAUGCUUUGGGCACUCCGGAUUCAACCUAGAAAAAACACCGAGCCGGUCUACUGCACCUCCGCCAAAGGCGGACCCAAACCGUUAUGCAGAGCCUAUAAACAAACAGAAAUAUCGACGGAUGUGAUCAUAUGGCACGCACACGCCGUCAGAAAUUACGAUUUUGGCGACAUAGAGUCAACGAGCGACGAGGUCAUUCGCAUCAUUCGGGCGUGCUGCUCAGUCAUUUGGUCGAUGUCAAUGGAGGCUUCCGUUGGAUCGAAGGAUCGCCAUUUCAGAAUGACUGAUCCUGCUACGACUCUUAUGUGCGGUCCUGGCGAAGACCCGAGGGACAUGACGCCAAUAGUAGGCACGAGCUUGACCUGCCGAGAUGUCUAUCCGGUCACUGUAGAGGGCACGUGCGAGGAGGAUCAUAAGCUCAGAGCGGUAUGGACAAAGCGUUCCGGCGGCCUGUGCUCCUGGUCACCUCAAGAACAGCCAAGGCAAACGGCAAAGUGACGAGCAGAUUGCACAUCGUGUCUCGCUGAGCGGUGUCACUAAGCGUAUGAAAGCUUGACGGCAGGGCCCAGGAGUGCUG